AACCGGAGAGUCUGGUUUUUCUCCAAAAACCGGUCGCGCGACAUCUCUACGCCUAGGCUCAGCCCACGUGCCUAUCAGCAUUUCCCAUAUUUUAGGUGCACACACCCCGCGCACGGAGGCUCGGCACCGGGAGUCCGCAGAGGAGUGAGCGAGCCGCGGUUCUGCUCACCGAGUGGCCGGGUCGGCGGACAUCUUAAGGCCCCCAUGGAUCCCGUAGGCGGCGGGGGCUCGGAGAAGUUCAGGCUUUUCCAGAAGGACGACUUCGAGGCCGACUGGCUCAAGGUGGGGGAGAGAACGUUCGGGCGGGUGUACAAGGUGAAGCUGAAACUCUGGAGGGAAGUGUGCGCCAUGAAACGCUUCUGCUCCUCGCUGGCUCAAACGAGCUCGUACAGGGAGGUGAUUGCGAAGGUCUCCAAAAUGAGCGAGGUGAGGUUUAAGUACAUCGUGUCGGUCUACGGGGCCUGCAGCGACCCCCCCGCCGUGGUGACGGAGUUCAUGACCAGCGGCUCGCUGGAGGGCCUCCUCAGCAGCCACGAGCUGAUGUGGCCCAAGAAGUUCCUGAUGAUUCACGAGAUUACCAUGGGGAUGAACUUCCUCCACAGCACGCGUCCUCCCCUUCUCCACCUGAACCUGAAGCUGGCCAACGUCCUGCUGGACCAUCAUCUGCAUGUCAAGAUUUCUGAUUUUGGAUUGAUUAAAUGGGAGGAGUUCUCCAACAGAACGGAAUUCAUCGAGCAUUUGACCAUGAGAGGGAACCUCAGCUACAUCCCCCCCGAGACUUUCACCGAGAGCUGUGACCCCCCAGGAACCAAAUUUGACGUUUACAGUUUUGCCAUUUUGAUGUGGGAGAUACUGACACAGAAGAAAGCUUUCCCAGGGGCCAAUAUGAUGACAGUGUUAAUGAAGGUGUCAUCUGGCAAAAGACCGAACGUAGAGAAGCUUCCUGAUGACAAACCCCAGGAAAGCGAAGCCAUGAUAGACAUUAUGCAGCGCUGCUGGCAACAGAAGUCCAGCGACCGGCCGCCAUUCUCAGACACUGUCAGAGAAACUGAAGCCCUCAGUGAAGGUUUGAAAUUUCCUGAUGUUCUCCAUGCCUGCAAGGAUGUGUACAGACCCCAUAAACUUCCUUACACCACAGUGUUCAGUCUUAAUAAGGAACCCAGGACUAAAAUGAACCCUGAUCCAGGUGGGGGAGUUUCCCAGAGGAGUGUCGAUUUUCUGUCCAAAAAGGAUUUUGAGAACUUCAAGCGGUCGCUGAAGAGAGAGGACGUGCUGGAGGUGUACGAGGAGAACUACAGCCUCCUGCACUACACCGUGGCGAGCGCGGACGCCGAGGCCGUGGAGCUGGUGCUCCAGCAGGGGGCGGCGGUGGACUCCCAGAACGACAGGGGCUACACGCCGCUCGUCAUCGGCGUCCUCCGCCAGCUGUACGACGUGUGCGCCCUGCUGGUGCAGCGCGGCGCCGACGUCAGCCUCGGCGACGCCGACCGCUGGACGCCGCUCCACUUCGCGGCGCAGAACGGCGACGACCGCGUCGCCCGGCUGCUCCUGGAGCACGGGGCGGCCGCGGACGCCGCCGAGAAGGACGGCUGGACGCCCCUGCACCUGGCGGCGCAGAACGGGCACGAGAACGUGGUGCGCAUCCUGCUGCCGCGCUCGGCCGCGCCCGACGCCCAGGAGAAGGACGGCCGCACGGCCCUGCACAUGGCGUCCUCCUACGGGCACCUGGGCAUCGUCAAGCUGCUGCUCAGCCAGGGCGCCGACCCCAACCGGGCGGAGAGCGGCGGCGGCCACGCCCUCCACCUGGCCGCCGAGGAGGGCCACUUCAGGGUGGUGCGGCUGCUCCUGGAGAGCGGGGCCGAGACGGAGCGCGCGGACGGCCACAGCUACAGCGCCCUCCACUGGGCGGCGCUGAAAGGGCACGCCGGGAUAUGCAGGCUGCUGCUGAGCCGGGGGGCCGAGCCCAACCCCAGGACCCAGCAGGGGUGGACGCCCCUGCACCUGGUGGCCCUGAAAGGGCACGACGCCCUCGUCCCGCUCCUGGAGGAGCACCGGGCCGACGUGGACGCCGCCGGCGACAACGGCUGGACGCCGCUGCACCUGUCCUGCCACCACGGCCUGCCGGAGGUGACGUCCGCCCUGCUGACGGUGGGGGCCCGCCCCGACCCGGCCGAGGACAGCGGCUGGACCCCGCUGCACCUGGCCAGCCACGCCGGCUGCUUCUCCAGCGUGCUCCACCUCAUCGCCCGCGGCGCCCAGGUCAACGCCCAGAACGGCAGCCGGGCCACGCCCCUGCACCUGGCGGCCGCCAGCGGCGCUGUCGCCAUCGUGGAGGCCCUGCUGCUCAACGGGGCGCGGCUAGACGUGAAAGAUGCCGGCGGCUGCACUGCCAGAGAGCUGGCGGAGAAGUGGCACAAACACGAGGUUGUGCAGGCGCUGGACGGCGCGAGCCGGUGAUGGACAAGUCAAGCCCUGCACUGGCUCACUGCACAGGAACCACAGCCCUGUGUGGGAACUGUAGUUCUUUAUCACCACAUGCAAACCCAGCUCUUUGUGGACAAUGCUGCUAAUUCUCUUAAUAACCGUUGGAUGUUUUAGUUUUGCAUGAAUAGUUUUUUGAAAUUUUAAUUGUGAUGCAGCAGAGACUGAAAGGUCAUUGUACACAGUCGAUUCCAUAGCCAUUUAUUCCAAACAUGAAAGAGUUCAGGAAUCUUGGGGCAAGAAUCUAACUGUCAUACUUUUCCAGGUGAUAGAAACAUUUUUUUAAAGAUAACUAUUUAAUAUAAAAUGCUUCUUGCAAAUUGUUGUGACUUCUUGUAGUUCGUUGUGGCCUCAAAAUAAUUCUGGCAGGGACCUUUGGAUAGUUGUUAGAGCAUGUGACAUGUUUUCUGAAAGAUUUGAAAAUUUUUCACAAGCAAACGAUGUAAGUUUAAUGCUCUUUAGCUAAUCUGAAUGUCUGAUAUCUAGUUAGGCAGCUAGAGGCAUUUGCCAAUCGUCCGAAGAAAAGUGGACUUUUAUAGUAUAUACUCCAAGCAUCAUGUCUCAAAAAACAUACAAUCAGAUUUGAAUGUAAACUAUGUUCACACAGGCAUGAUUUCACAGGUAGUGGCAAUUAUUAAAAUCAGUAAGACUAUUAUAAUUUAUGCCAUGGAAUUUGCAUAGAAGCAUUCCUGAAAAGCAACUCGUAAACAGAAACACAUUUGCAUGUUUAAAA